GUCGAGUAAUGCUGAAGCAUAUCCUGACGGGGCAACCGUCGUCAGCGGGCUCCAGGCACCAGCACAAUGACUACCAGGCGAGCUCGGGCUCGUUGCACAGCGGCCACCACCACCACCAUCAUUCUGGUCACCAACAGGAUCAACAGCAACACCAUCAUUACAACCAAAACAGCAACGUUCGUGGAACGACAGGGGGAAGCCAAGGAUGGGGAAUCGACGUUUACGACUCGGUGGUCCAUCAAAGAGCCAACGUGCAUCAGGCUGCCACCACGCCAUCUUCCACUCACAGACACCCUUUGAAUCAUUCUCAGUUGAGCGUGAACAAUCUUUCUCAACGAUUGAAUCACUCGCACGCUCUUAAUCUGUCCACGUUGUCCACGUCGAAGCAUUCUGUGAACAGCGUCAGUCCUGUUGCCGGUGGGAAUAACAAUAACAAUAAUAAUAAUCUGUCGACUACAUUGGGGGUGAUAUCCCCGGCGCCGCUGCACCAGGACAGCAGACCUAAAGCGAAUGGAGGCUUUGAUAUCUCGAGACUGUCCAGAUUACCCAGUCAGGCGACACCUUCGCCUGCACCUGCUCUUCAGGGUACGACUACCGGGGGACAGUUAACCGGUCCCGGUUCCACGGCGUACUCCUUGAACGCUUCCUGGUCGUCGUCCCUGUCAAGGAAUCACAAGGACCACGAGGUUAGCGCGAAAGAGACGUUGACCAGUUUGGGUUUAUUGUGUCUAGUGUCGUUGUUACUGGCGCUACUCUCGUUGAUCUUCUUGCUGAAGAUCUCACCGUUAACGGUGACGCCGAGUAGCCUGAUCAGCCCGAAAGAGUAUACGAUUGUCUACGAGGUGACGUUAGCGCUGUGCGCACUCGCCCUCUCCCUAAACCUCUGCUGUCUCCUCAUGUGCGCUAUACAGUUCCUCUUCACUGUGAAACUCGUCAAGACUUCGUAUCAAGGACAUUGGAGUAACAAGUACCUGCAAAAAUCAUCCAUCAGCCGGAUAUGUGCUGUCGGAGGGUUUUUCAUUAGCAUUCCCGUCUUUCUAACUGGUAUGAUAUUGUAUACAUUCAUCCAGUUUCAUUCGACGCCGGUGUCACGUAAAAUGGAUACUUGGGUUGCGAGAGAAAAGAAAGCUGAGUCGCAGCCCAACUAUUAA